CGGUGCUGGCAUGAUCAUGUCUCAUCGCCAUCAUCCUCAUUCUAACUCCCGUCCGAGUCCUAUAUAUCUACCAAGUCGCGCCAUGCCCACAUCCUUCAUCCUCGUUUUUACCCUCCUCCUUCCCUCUUAUUUCUCUUUCUGUUUUUUCUUCCCUUUCCUCGAGCUCAAGAGUCAAGACUAGACGCCAGCCAUGUCCAGGCAUUUCUGCUGCUGUAUUCCCGUCCGCUUUGGCGUCUUCGUCUUCUCCCUCUUCCAAUUUCUCGUGGAAGGAUUAUGGGCUGCAAUCCUCUGGUAUUCCCUGCAUCGUGAGUCUCGCGCGUUCCUGACAAGUAUGCGCCCUGCUGAACUGCUCUUCAGUCGCGAUCACAGGCCAGACUGUGAGCGGCGUUGACUGGAGCCAGAUCAACAAGGGUGGCAAGAUUUCACUCGGUAUUGUGGGGGGUGUCGUCACCCUACUUGCCCUCAUUGCAUUCGGAGGGUGCGUCCGGAAUUUC